GAAUCUUUUCCAGUCUUUUGUAUUGCGUCACGAUUGAUGAUUAGACUGAAAAACAAAGCACGUGAGCUGGUUAAGCAGGAUCUUGACAAUUUUAAAGAAGAGAAGUCAGCCUUUGAAAAGUUGUCCAAAACCCUAGAUAAAGUCCACUUUGGAAGCGCGGUUAAGUUGAACGUCGGUGGAACAGUAUAUAAAACCACACUGGACACCCUGAGGAAAAAUCCAGAUUCUAUGCUGUGUGCGAUGUUUUCCGGAAGGCAUGAGCUAAAACCAGACGGCGACGAUGGGGCAUAUUUUAUUGACCGCGAUGGUAAACUCUUCCGUUAAGUGUCAUACAAGCCAUAAUGAUGCAUGCAGUGGAAUCUUCACUCUCGCGCGCUCAUGCUUACAAGGGAAAUGAUAAAUAAAUAUGCAUUCAUCAUGGUCAGGACAGAACAGAAGUGAGGGCUAUUUCAGAUAGUUAACCGCUUAGCCUUACAUACUUUCUUAAUUAUGAUAUUUUGGCCUAACGCAAGUCCUAAUCUGGGGAAUCUCUUAUAGGGUGAUUAAAAUAGAAUGAGAGCAUAGAAAGAAUCAUAAAUAAAAACAUAUAUUUCCAUGACAUUUACCCCAUUGCUUGACGGUAAAACGAAGCAGACUCGAACUAAUCUAACACUAACACUAAUCUAUGAUUACUAGAAGUCAGUAAAAAUAUGCGUCACGCAUAAUCGGGCCUUACCAACUGACUGUCAUGUCUCGGACGCACAAGGUGGGACAGGAGAAUGUGGUACGGUGGAAGCCACCACCUCAAAUAUCAAAUACCCCACCCUCCCAAUCCCCCCCUCCCAAAAAAAAAAACAGCCGUAACUUAAUCACAUCGGAAUAAAACUUUGUCCUGCAGCUGGCCUAUCUUUCUGAAACAUUGCCGAGCUAUCUGAUCUAUAGUUUUUUAACUAAAAUUAUACACUUAGGUACAUAUUGAACUACCUUCGCCAUGGCGUGCUUCGUUGCCCAGAAAAGAAAACUCGUGGGGAAGAGCUUCUUGAUGAGGCCAACUUUUAUCAGAUUCAAGGGAUAAUCACUCAACUCAAAGGCAACCUAACCAUCUUAUCCAGUAUAAUAAAGGAAGAAAGUCAAGCUUCGACUAUUAUGUCAUGGUUGCCGCCUGGGGCUUCUUGUACCUUGCUGUUCCGAGCCGCCACAGAGGGGAAAAAUGCUGCAACCUUUCACCGGUGCUGUAAUAAAAAAGGACCCACCCUUGUAGUGAUGCAAAGUGGAAGUUCCAUAUUCGGAGGCUAUACCUCAAAGUCAUGGUCUUCAGGUGAGUAAUAGUUUUACUUUGAAUUUAUUAUUUAUAGUCUAUGGAAUACGUGAUUUAGUUGCCAAUACGUCAGUCGCUGUCAACACAAGUCUUAUUAUUUAUUCACUUAUUUAUCAUAAUUAUUUAUUGGUUAUUUAUCUAUCUAUUAUUAGCUUCUUCUCAAACUUUCACUGGUGACACUGGGUCCUUCUUAUUCACACUGGUGAACCCCACUGGAAACCAAGCGGCAAAGCUCGAUUCAAACCCAGAUGGUGGUAUACGAUGUUCCAGUGAUAAGGGACCGAGCUUUGGUAACGCGAAGAAUUAUGAUCUACAGAUCUGGUGUAAGGAUGAAAAAGGUUAUCUUGAUCUUUGUUAUGGCUUCCGCCGUCCCGAAUCUGUAGACAAAAAUAAGUACUUCACAGGCUCGAACGGUUUUGAGAUCACUGAUCUAGAAGUAUAUGAAAUUAUGUUUUAGAAUCAAAUCUCGACAUUAUAAAAUGAGUAUCAGUUCAUUUACUGUGCGUGGCCUUGUUUACGCUAGUAUGUUUUUAAUAUGGUACAUUUUUGCUCCGUCUGCUUAUUGCAUGGGAUUGCGCUUCUCUUAAUCAUGAAUAUUUAUUCAGUUUAUUCUAUUUAGUUCGGUGUCGGGCAUUUUAACUUAAUUCAGGGUUAUAUGAAUAAGUUUGUUUUUAGAUCGGUUCGGACAUCAAAAGUUCCCCUAUAUCUCAAAUAUUUUUUGUUGAGGGACACAGGAUGGUGAUUACAAGCUGUCAGAACAGCUGGACACACUUUAGAUUCUACUAGCAAACCUUUGCUCGUCAGUUAAGUCUUUAACGAAAAAUUUUUGCACCGACCUCUUUGGUGUGGGGAUCAAUAAAAAAAAUAGAAGUUGUAUACGCUCGGUUUAAUGUAGGAAACAUCAUAAGUGUGGUUUCAGUCUUUCGCAAUUUAAGGUUUAACUGAGGUUACAUGUAAGAAACACCUCUUUAAGCUUAUUUAAGAAACCAUAGAAACAAGUACGAUAGAUAGAAAUAAUUACUUCCCUUAGUAGAUGUAUUCAGCUGUGGAAUGGGAAAGAAGCAAUUUCUGUAAAAGAAGUGCGUCUAUUUAAACCUGAAGUUGGUUCUCACUUCCGCUUCCAAACUUGAAUCAUAAUCAGAUUUCCUGAUCUACAGCUUUUUAGUUCUUUGUUCAUACUUGGGCUAUUUUCAGCUAAAUUUCACUUAUUAUAAUUCCUAAUUUCAAACUAGAAUUUUUUUCGACAGAAUCUUAGGAAAAUUUGGUUUCUUUCAUUAACCAUCGUUUUACCUUCUCGUAUAGGAAUUUGGCUAUAGAGAUAUUUAAAUUUUUUCCACAAGCAGCUGAAUUCAACUAAAUUUCGGUUUCUUUUGUUCUAUCAGUUGUACCACCUCCUAACACCUAUUUUGUACAUAAGAAUACUAUUGACCUUUCUUAAAAACCACUUAACCUAAACGUUUAGUAUAAAAACAACCACUUUCUAGGCCUAACUUCAUCUUAGAAAAUCUUGGAACCUAUAUAAGAACUAAGAAGCUCAGUAAUAAACCGUCGUUCAAUUCAACUUCCUGUGUACCUCGACGUCCUUAAAAAUCUGUACGCUCUUCAGACGAAAACAAAAAAAGAAGAAGAAGCUUGAGUUCGUCUGUGUUUAUCAUAAAACAGGUUCGUAGGCAUAAUUAGUGGUUUUUGUCAGUAUGGGCCAAAAUUUGUAUAAUACAAACUAGCAAUGGUUACUACUAACAGCUGUCCGCGGCAUAAUAAUCUGGAUUGUGCCCAAACAGAGCCAUAAUUUUCGACUAAGAGAGAAUAAUGGACAAAGAGUGAAUUUUAGGGCGUCGGCCGCCAGGAUAUGCGAAUUUCACUAAAGUUAUUCUGAGAGGUUGUAAUUAAAUAAAAGUCUUAUUUCUGAGACGUUCGCACAUUUUAAUCGAUAAUUGUUCGAAACGCACGUCAUCAAGUCCAAGAGUGCCUGCGACUGCCUCAAAGAAAACAAUGCAGAAUAUUGUAAUAACGAAUGUUGAAUAGUGAGAUUUUAAGUUUAAAAACUCAGAUUGAAUUAUAAUCUUAAUUAAUUGAUACCGUAUAUUUCUUUUAUUAUUGUCUGAGAAGCCUGGAAAUGCGUUUUGUUUUCUCAAAAAUAAAUCACAAACAGCGGCGAUAAACAUUGAGAGCUUUGGCUCGAUGGAGUUCCUGCUCGGUUAUUGAAGGAUGCAGCAAAUGAACUAUCUGAGUAGAACCAUUGUCUAUCUCAUAAAUUCAUCAAUUUCUACCUGUAUGAUACCAUCAGAAUGGAAAAGUGCGAACUCGAGGUAACUCCAAUUUACAAAUCUGGAGAUAAGAACGACCCAAAUAAUUAUCGCCCGAUUUUAGUUCUUCGUGUUGAUUUCAAAAGUAAUAAUAAUAAUAAUGAUUUGGAGGUAGCACAUCCACAAAGUGGUUCUUCGUCUACCCUAUUCCUACUCGUAUUGGGAUUUGGAAAUGUUGGUUCUUGAGGAGAGGGGAAAACUGGAGUACCUGGAGAAAAACCUCUUGGAGCAAAGGAGAGCACCAACAACAAACUCAACCCACGUAUGGCGUGGACGCCGGGAUUUGAACCCGGGCCACAUUGGUGGAAGGCGAGUGCUCUCACCACUGCGCCAUCCCUUGCUCCCCAAGUAAUGGAACGUGCAAUUCAAUCACAGCUUGUGGCAUUUCUUACAAAAACAAUUCCUUAUCAGUACAUCAAUCAGGAUUCCGGAAGAAACUUGCCACCGAAACUGCCACUGUACAUUUUGUCGAUCACAUCUUAGAACAAAUGGAUAAACAGAGGAUUACUAGGUCCAUUUUCAUAGAUCUAAAAAGAGCGUUACUUUUUAUCUCGUUGACUACCAUUGUGUGCUGCAUAAAGUAGGACAUUAUGGAAUUAGAGGGAAAAGUCUGAACUGGUUUAAACACUAUCUUACUACUCGAACCCAGAAGGUCAAAUAUAACCAAGACGUGUCAUCCAGUCUAGCAAUUGCGUAUGAGGUCCUUCAAGGAUCCAUACUGGGCCCGAUACUGUUUGUCAUAUACAUCAAUGAUCUCCCGCAAAUUUUGCUGAAGUCAUCGAUAGGCAUGUGUGCCGACGAUACGGUUAUCUACUCCUCUGACUCCAGCGCAGAAAUCAUCAAACAGGUUCUACAAAACGAUCUAAACAAUGUUGAACAAUGGUUAUAGCGAGGAAAAAGCUCGUACUCAAUCAAAUGAAACCUCUUCAGCAGUACUUUCACACGGUACUAUUUGCUAAAUAGUAAAUUAGUUUCCAAAUCUUAAAUAACAAAUUAGUUUCAAAAUUUUUCCCAAAUGAAAUUUGGAGUUUUUGUCUUAUUUGACUUCGGUCACUUCGGGGAGUGAAAGAGUUAACGUUCAUAACAUUGAAUUUGAACUGCCACUAUGGUAGGACAUUUCCGAAAAAUGAUUUUUUGUUUACUUAGCCUCUUCCCAUAAAAAAAAAACAGACGAUCAGUGCUUUCUGUUUACACUGGGAACCCUUCUGGAACUGAACCGAUCAAGAUUACCCCAGAACGUGGAGCCGGUGCAGGUAUACAAUGUGGAGCUGUUCUAGGACCAAGGUUUAUUGAGAAAAGCAAUGCUCUCGAUGUCGAUGAGAGAGACGCGCGCGGUCAGGUUAUACAUGUAGCUCUCGCCUCCAAAUUGAUAUGGCCUGGGUUCGAAUCUUGGACACGAUGCCAUACGUGGAUUGAUUUAUUUUGAGUGGUAUACGUUAAAAGAACGGAAGUUUGACGGGAGAUGCUAAAAAACGAAGGUUGAGCGUCGCAGGGAUUAUGUAGGAACCGCUCUUGAACAUCACUACGAUUGCAGCGAUCACCAAGUGACGAUCUCUAAUACUAUCAUGGAAACCAGACUAAAGUUACAUGAAGUGGAGCUUAGCUGCUUAUGAAGUGGAACGUGGUCUCACUUCCUCACUUUGAUAGCGGGAGUUAAAUGAGUGGGUAUGUCUGCUCAAGAGGAACUGCGACUGGGCUUAUUUGACUUGGCUCGCGCUAAGUUAGUCGAAGCACACAAGCUUAUGGACGAAGCAUGUGAACUCAUUAACCAGGGCCUUGAUAAUCUUAAACCUGAAACGUCAGCCGCUGAAAAGUUGUCGAAAACCCUAGACUCGGAUGUCCACGUUGGCAGCACGAUUAAGUUGAACGUCGGUGGAAAGAUAUAUAAAACAACACUGGAGACCUUGAAAAAAGAUCCAGAUUCUAUGCUGUGUGCGAUGUUUUGCGGAAGGCAUGUAGUGAAACCAGACCCCGAAGAUGGCGCAUAUUUUAUUGACCGCGAUGGUAAACUUUUCAGGUAAGUUUGCAUGUGCCAUAGAACGUAAAGUUAAAACGAACUUUACCCUCACUAAGAAGUAAAAGAAACGAUAUACUUUCUCCGUGAGCAGAACUGCGGAGUAUUGCCUUGCCGUUACUAGGUGCUAUUCAUUAUGACAUUUGAAAUAAUAUUCCUUGAGUGAGUGCAUGUGGUAAAAACGUGUUUUGUACCUGCCUUGUGCUUAUGAUCUUAUCCUUGAAAAACGUAAUAUUUAACACGCAAUAACAGUGGACUUGAUGUACGAGAUCAUCGGUUUAAAAACCGCUCGUUUCCGUCCAGCGAUUAUUAAAAAUUCCACUCCAGGAAGCGUCUUCGAAAAUAAACGCCGUUUAAGAUGAGAAAGAAGGAAAGCUCCCUGUUUUUUUCUUUUUUCUGUUUUUUUUUAAAUUGGAUAUGAGGGGACGCCCGGACUUUACCGUAAACGAAGCCCAACGUGCGACAGCGUAGCGAGCGUGGGUCACGUGAUUGCAAUAUCUCUAAUAGCGACUUCUUGUCUGCACGUGCCGGCAACACGUUUUUCCUUUUUCCUUGCUUGGUGGCUAUAUGUACAGUUUCUACAGAAAUGAUUCGGUGACUGUUACAAUUUGAAGGAUUCUUCCUGCCAGGAGCACGCAAAUGGUAAAACCGAAAUACCAUAUAUAAGUUGAAAUUUCAAAAACGUAAGUUUUUGAAUCUGUUUUAUGCAAAUCUUCGACUGUUUUAAUUGAAUGUUUACACAAGUGAACGUUGCUAGCAGCAUGAAUUCUAACAUCAGGAGCCAAUAUUUAAUACUACGAACGAAUAUCGAUUUCUGGCGUUACUGCUAAUGCAAGUCGAACAACGCUCAAAAUAAGUACGAGCAAAUCGAGAUUGUAAACAAAAAACUGAGCUAGAUUAAUUCGAUAAAUAUGAUUAUAAACGCGAAAAUUUCAAAACACGACUCUUCCGAGUAACGUGCGUUACUCGAAAGGUAAUGUCAAACCCUCAGCCUCCCUGAACAUUUUGUAGCGGAUGUGACUAAAAACAUGGUUGUUUGUGCGAGGACUGAUUAUUCACGAAACGGACUGAAAGAAAGAGCUUCUAACAAAUAACAAUUGAAAAAAGAGAUUGCCAUGUCAGCGGUUACAUAGAAAACGGAGCACGCAUUUGUCUUUUGAUUCUACAACAUUAAAAACUUUGUUUUGUUUAUUUCUAACCUAGUAAAUAAUAAAUGUUACGCUUAGGUACAUUUUGAACUAUCUUCGAAAUGGCGAGUUCCUUUUCCCAGAAAACAAAAUUCUCAGGAAAGAACUACUUAACGAAGCCGACUUUUAUCAGAUUCAAGGGAUAAUCGGUCAACUAAGUGAAAACUUAACCAAACUAUCCAAAAUAAUAAAGAAUGAAGAUCAUGGCUUCACUGUCAUGUCAUGGUUGCCUCCUUGUGCUUCUUGUACCUUGCUGUUCCGAGCCAGGAUCGACGGAAAGACUGCUGCGGACUUUCACCGUUGCUGUGACAACAAAGGGCCUACCCUUAUAGUGAUACAAAGUGGAGUAUACAUCUUUGGCGGCUACACAUCAAAGUCAUGGACAUCACGUAUGUGCUCCAUCAAUUUGUAAAAUAUUUCAGACUUAAGAUUUAUGUCAGUAGAGAUAAACCUUGUCCCUCGGGUGUACAUGGCGUGCAUCAUCAUUAUCAUCAUCGUCAUCAUCAUCAUCAUCGUUAUCAUCAUCAUCAUCGUCAUCAUCAUUAACAUCAUCAUCAUCAUCAUCAUUAUCAUCAUCAUCACCAUCAUCACCACCACCACUACUACCACCACCACCAUCAUCAUCACCAUCAUCAUCAUCAUCAUCAUCAUCAUCAUCAUCAUGAGUAUCAUCAUCAUCAUCGUCAUCAUCAUCAUCAUCAUCAUCACCAUCAUCAUCAUCAUCAUCAUCAUCAUCAUCAUCAUCGUCAUCAUCAUCACCAUCAUCACCACCACCACUACUACCACGACCAUCAUCAUCAUCACCAUCAUCAUCAUCAUCAUCAUCAUCAUCACCAUCGUCAUCAUCAUCAACAUCAUCAUUAUCAUCAUCAUCAUCAUCGUCAUCAUUAUAAACGUUAAAGGCCCACCAAAAGGAUUUCUGUUCAGGAUUUCGCUCUUUUGUAAAGGAAACAUUAAAAUACUACCUAAAAGAGCAAGUACUAUUUUUUUUUUCUUAUGAUAUUUAUUCACAUAGCCCAAGCAACGCAGUACUACAUUGUUGAAACUGAGAAUGAAUGGUAUCAUGCAAUCCAUUAAUCAAUCAUCAAUUUUUAAUUUCAAUUAACAAUUCUAUUAUUGAUCAAGUAUAAACUAUUUUUCUUGAACUUCAGACUAAUAUCCAUUGUAUACAAGGUUCAGAAAAUCUCCUAACUAAUUUCUUUUGAAAUGUUGGUCCUUAGGGGUGCAUUUUGGCUGUUUUAUUUAUUUAUUUAUUGUUUAUUGUUUAGCUUCCUCCUUAAUCACCUUUGCUGACACUGAAUCCUUUUUGUUUACACUGGUCAAUCCUGCUGGGAACCAACCGGUAAAGCUUACCUCAAAACCAGGUGGCGGAAUACGAUGCUGUAGUGGUAGGGGACCAGCUUUCGGUAAUAAGAGCUACUACGACCUCAAAAUUUGGGACGGAAAUCAAGCAGGUUACCUUGAUCUCGGCUACGGUUUCAACUUUCCCAGUUCCGAGAACAAAACAGAAUACUUCACUGGCUCUGACGGUUUUGUGGUUACGGAAUUAGAAGUUUAUAAAGUGGGGUUUAAGAGUAAACUUAGCACUUGA